UAUAGUUACUUCACGAGAAAGAAAGCCCAUGCGUAUGGCGUAACCGGAUGGUGCCGCAACACUAUCGAUGACACGGUCGAGGGUGAAGCCCAAGGGAGCGAUGAUAUCAUGCAGAUGUUCUUCGAUGACAUAAACAAAGGCCCAAGCCACGCCAAAGUCACCAAGGUUGUCCAGGAAGACCGCGACGUGGUGGAAGGGGAUGGCCCUUUCGAAGUUCGGCGGUGA